AUGGCAGUCCUAUCGGUGUGGUCGAGCUGGAGGGGUGGUGGCUGCCGGCGCCCAACGAGCCAGCGGGAGCCCGGGCAGGUCGGGCUCCAGGGCUUCUCCAUGGGCGCCUUCGUGACGGCCAUCGCGCUCGGCCUCGAGGGCCGUGCGCCGGCGGCGUGGGUGGACUCGGGGCCCUGGACGACCGAGGUGGCGUUCGCGCAGAACUUCCGCACGACGGCCGAGGAGGUGGGCCUGGGCUUCAUGUCCGGCCUGCUGCUGCCCAGGGUCUGGGAGGGCGUGAGCAAGGCGGCGCUGGAGAGGGGGGUCGACUACUACUGGCAGCUCCCGCAGCAGACCCUCCCGCUGGGGCCAGACACGAGGAGGCCGAUAUACGCUCACGCCAACGUAGACGACGCAACGGUGCCGUUUUCCGAGCACGUGCGGUUGAUGGAUUUCCUCGCGCAGUACCCCCAGAAGUAUGCCGUGGGGAACUGGGUGUCGUCAGGCUUCUGCCAUGGAAGCGCCCACCACCGAGAAAUUCUCAGUAAGCAUGAAGAGUACAAAGAUCGACUCUGCACAUUCUGGACGGAGGCGUUUGACUUAGAGCCAUCAUAUUGCAGUUACGGACCAGCACUCAAGUGA